AUGGAAGUGGUGGAGAAGGCACUUAAAAAUCAUGUAUUCCCUACUGGUAUGAUGAGACAGGUGCAUCGUGUCACCAACUUUAUUAAACCAUCUUCACCCACAGACUACACCACAAUAAAAUUAUCACAGAACACACACCAGUGGAUGCAAAACAACAUGUACAUACUACAGACACAUUACCAGUCAGUCACCCACACCAUUAAACAACAAAUAAACACACCCAACACUUUGGCACUGACAAUCGCAAUAGGCUGGGCACAUAAGAGGUACAAACAUAAACUGACACCCACCACCAUCACUAGAGUGGAAACCAUUUUGGAACUCCCUCAGGCCUCUUCCUCUCCCCAACUAACAACUAUACGGACAAACACAAUACGAGACCAACCACAUACACUUCCAGCAAUAGAACACACCCCACUACAAAUUUCCCCACCAACGAUACCAACUCCAACCCCAGUGCCCCCUCUCUCCUCAACAGAGGAAUUUCCACCUUUAUCAAAGCCUCGCCCCCUGCCAAAAAGACAACCAUCAUACUUACGGACACUAUCACUGGGAAAACAACCGACCCUGAGUGAAACCUAUAACCUUCGCAUACAGACUCUUUCAAAAACACAUCUCCACUCCCUACCCUCAACAUCCACUUUCACUGAUUCUUCCCUUUCCAAUCAAAAAGGAGAGGUAAGAAUAGCAACCCCUAUAACUGAAGAGGAGAAAUGGAAAAGCCCAGUGGGUCCCCCUACUCCCAAAGCAGCCACUCCUAUCAUAGCCCAGGUUCACCACACAGUCAACAGUCAAACAGAAACCAAAGCAGCCACUCCUAUCAUAGCCCAGGUUCACCACACAGCCAACAGUCAAACAGAAACCAAGGCAGCCACUCCUAUCAUAGCCCAGGUUCACCACACAGUCAACAGUCAAACAGAAACCAAAGCAGCCACUCCUAUCAUAGCCCAGGUUCACCACACAGCCAACAGUCAAACAGAAACCAAGGCAGCCACUCCUAUCAUAGCCCAGGUUCACCACACAGUCAACAGUCAAACAGAAACCAAAGCAGCCACUCCUAUCAUAGCCCAGGUUCACCACACAGCCAACAGUCAAACAGAAACCAGUACACCUACAGUCACACCUAUUAAACAAAACACAAACUGCAAAAAAGUACAGGGUAAUGUAUCAAUACUAUUAAGAGACAUAAUUACAUCUGCUCCUCUUUCACCCAUAGGAGGCGCCAGGCAAGGGGUACAGACAAGGAGAGGGCAAUUCAAGGGGAGUAUGAUGAUGAUCAAAGGGCAAGACAAUGGGCAACACCCCAAAGCUCCCAGAUCCGAACCCCCACAAACAACUAAUAUCGUUGUGCCUCUGCCUGUCCAGGACCCCUGUACGACUGGCGCCUCAAAAUACCCACCAUCAUCCCCACCACAACCCCAUCUUCAAUCCCAACCACAGCCCAAACCCACACACCCUCCCCAAAAACCCUUCUAUCACAAAGCUAGGCCGAAUUAUAAGGUGACAGAUUGGAACAUUGAAGGACACACACCAAUACUCAUCAUAGGAGACUCAAACCUCAACCGGAUCCCACCAUUCAAUAACCCCAACAUCCAAGUCGACAGUUAUCCAGGGGCAACAUUCUAUCAUUUCACAAAGGUACUGGAGAAAACCCCCAUACAUACAGACACGGCGACUGUUGUUAUCUCGGUGGGUUUGAACAACAAGGAUCACGACCCAUUCCAAACAUCAUUAAAACAGUUGUCAGGUAUGCACAAGGAGGCAAAGAAAACAUUUCCAAACGCAACAAUAUACAUUCCUGUCAUCAGCCAUUCACCUCUUCUUACUUCACAGCAGAAGAGAAACCUUAAGCUCAUCAAUGCUUAUAUUACCACUAACUUCCCAACCCUAUUAGAGAUUCCACAAGAUACAUUUCAUACAACAACAGAUCUCAUACACUGGACAUCCACCACAGCAGACCUCAUCUUUCAACACUGGUGCAGACAGUUAAAUUUACAUUAACCACAAGCCACAGUCUGGAUAGAAAUAAUCUUUCUUUCAAUCUCUCUCCUUCCCUAAUAACCGGUGCAGAUCCUCCACCAGGGGGAGCAGUGGACCAGUCAACAUCUAAUAUCAUGAAUCUUUCCAAAUCCUUCAUACCCACAGCAGCACAGGUAAAGCUCCUGGAGAGAGGGUUGACAUUCAUCCCUCGCCCAAACAAAUUUGAUUGGGAGGAACUUCAAAGGGACACUCACAAAUAUCAUAGAAGACUUAAACUGUUGGACUACUUUGACUAUAACACAGACGACAACCACCAACCAUUUACCUUACCAUCUACCUGGGAACCUAAAACCUCCCAGAUAGAUGGUAGAAUCAGGAGAUUAAUCAGAACAGACAAGAACACACUUCACAACCACCAGAUUCACACGGAUAGGGAGGAUAACCUCACACACGUAGAAAGACAGGCAAUACAACAACUUAAAAAUAACCCACACAUAAUCAUCAAACCAGCAGAUAAAGGUUCAAAAAUAGUAAUAUUGGAUAAACAUCAAUACAUGUAUGAAGCCAACAGACAGCUAUCCAACACCAAACAUUAUAAACCAAUAGAAAAUAGUAUACAACCACAGACACAGACACAGUUAAGGACAAUAAUAAAAAGACUCUACGACCAACACUACAUCACAGCAAAACAACGGGACUUUCUCUAUGGCACAGAUACUCCACGACCUAGACUAUUCUACUUACUGUUAAAAGUACACAAGGAACCAGGGACAUGGACAAUUCCCUUUGAAGUUCCUCCUGGCAGACCGAUUGUGUCAGACUGCAAUAGUGAAUCCUAUAACAUUUCACAAUACAUAGAUCAUUAUAUUAACCCUCUCUCCACCAGGCACCCCAGCUUUCUCAGGGACACUUAUCACUUCAUGGAGAGGAUUGGACCCAUAGUUGUUCCCUCCAACACACACAUAUUCACCAUAGAUAUUGAUAGCCUGUAUACUAAUAUAAAUACAGCAACAGGAAUACAAGCAAUUAGAAAUAUCUUUAAGAGAUACCCAGACAACACUAGACCGGACACAGAAAUAUUACAACUAUUAGAAAUCAGCCUGACUAGCAAUGACUUUUUAUUCAACGAUCACUAUUACCUGCAGGUGGAGGGAACAGCUAUGGGCAAAAAAUUCGCACCUGCUUACGCCAACAUAUACAUGGCUGAAUGGGAGAGAGAGGCACUGGCCAAGUGUCCAUAUCAACCCACUUUUUAUUACCGGUUUUUAGACGACAUAAUAGGAGCCUGGCCCCACGACAUCCAAUUAUUCACAGACUUUAUGAACAUUCUCAACAGCCAUCAUUCAUCAAUUAAGGUUAAAUACACAAUUCAUCCGCAAGAAGUCAACUUCUUAGACACAACAGUGUUUUUCAGUAAUAACAAUCAACCACAGAAAACACUACACACUAGAGUCUACUUCAAACCAACAGACACACAUGCUUUACUCCAUAAACACAGUUACCAUCCUAAACAUACAUUUAAGGGAAUAAUAAAAUCACAAAUCAUACGGUUCUACAGGAUAUCAUCUUGCAAGCAAGACCUGGAUUAUGCAAUAAAUACACUAUUCAAUGCAAUCAGAAGAAGAGGAUAUUCAAAACGAUUUUUAAGAACCAUUAAAAACAACACAUUGGCAGUCCUCUCUCCCAUUCAUCCAACCCUCACAGACCACAUCAAACCAUCCACCUCUCUUAAUCUCAUUCUUUUAACAGAAUAAAACAAUAAAACCAA